AUGGCUCCAUAUAAUGGGAAUAUUUUAGUCGAUUUCAAAGCAGGAAAGAAAAGAUUGUCUGAUUUUUUCAUAAAUCGUCAUGUAGUAGAUCAAGAAAGUGAUAUUAAACCUAAUAAAAUUCGUCGUGUUUCAUUGGAUAAGAUAGAAAAUGAUGAUAAAUUGUAUGAAGAAACUUGUAAGUAUGCAUCGUAUUUCCGUUGUUUAAAUAAUAAUAGUAAUAAUAAUAAUGAGAAAGAACAUAAAUCGGCUAAAAGUCUGUCUUGUCAGAUAUGUAGUGCUUCAUUCAUUUUGGAUAAUAACAAAACAGAAGUUUUCAAGAAACAUGCCGUUCAACAUUCUGAGAUCGACAAUUUGAAAUGCCUCGUUUGUAAAACGUUCAAGUGCCGAAAAGAGUCUACAAUUAAGAACCAUCUUCGAGAUGUUCACAAUCAAUAUCCCACAAGAUCAACUAAGAAUGCUUUAUAUUCAUCGAGUUUAACUACGUUGGAGCAAUUGACAGUUAAUGAAACGGCUGUGAAGUGCUUUCCCGAUUUAGCUAAGAUUCUGAUAAAUCCGCAAGAAUCAUCGAACUUUGCAACAUGUCAAGUUUGCCAAGUAACGAUCAAAGCAUCGUUACCAACUAUGCAAGAGCAUGCGAGGCAGCAUAUUGUGAUGAAACACAACGUUGUCUGCCGAAUAUGCAACUUUGAAGGAACUUGGGACUCUGUGAACGAGCAUGUACUGUCCGAACAUAAUUCAAAUUCAGAUGUAUAUAAAAAAUACUCUACAGAAGACAUCUCUACUCGUAAACAUUGCUUCAAUCGUUGUUUCCCGACUAUGCUGCAAUAA